GUUCACCAAAGCCCUAUCUGCCCAUCAUGCCUCCCCCAAAGUCCAAGGGCGGCAAAAUGCUCAGUUUGAUCAACUGGCGAUUGAAAGUUACGAUUCAAGAUGGACGCGCUUUAACGGGACAAAUGCUGGCAUUUGACCGGCAUAUGAACCUGGUAUUGGCAGAUUGUGAAGAGUUCCGACGAGUGAGGCCCAAGAAAAAAGCUGGAGAGGAGGUUGCACCCGAGCAGGAGCUGAAACGCACGUUGGGACUGGUUAUUCUUCGUGGAGAAGCUGUCGUUAGCAUAAGCGUUGAAGGACCGCCGCCUGUUCAGGACGACGACUCCAAGACUACGCUCCCUCUUGGCCCUGGACGCGGUAUGCCUGCAGGACGCGGUAUGGGAAUGGUGCCUCCAAUUGGAGCUCCCGGUGUCGCUCGUCCUCCCGGCAUGUUUGCACCUCCCGGUAUGCCUGGCCCUCCCCCCGGUUUCCGACCUCCUGGUUUCCCUCCUGGUCCUCCAUUCGGCGGUCCUCCUCCCCCAGGAUUCGCUGGUCCUCCCCCUGGCUUCCAACCGCCGCCACAGUAAUGGGUACGCGUCAUCCACUGACCUGCUUGACAAGACCGCAAGUAACCUAGAGAAAGACCUAUUGGAUCACCGCCCAACCAAAUCACCAGAUCCGACGCGCCAAACUCUCUUGCGCGCCUUGUCCCCACCUACACUCUCAGCAAGAGAUCAUAGACAGUUCGUCAUCACGAUUGUAACCUGUAAUUCUAGGUCUGCUUCCGCAAUCAGAACAGAGGUUUGUACCAUCAGA